AUGGAUCGCUUGGGCUUGUUGGUUGAUAUUACUGUGCAUCGGGCUAUUCAACUUCCAGAUUUGAAGACUUGGGGAGGGGAUAACAGGAAAUUUUAUGCGACAGUCAUUCAUUCAAACCAGAAGAAGGAGACGAAAGCCAUUCGCAGCGAUGGGACUACUGUGGAAUGGAACCAGAAAUUUGCUUCUCUAUCGGUGCACCUACCUGCUCAAAUCUCUUUGUCCAUUUAUGCAAAGCAUCGUAUACAUGCGGAUCUUCUUAUUGGAAGCAUUGAUGUCACGCUGGAAGCCGCAACCGAGGCAUCGUUCCAAAUUAUCACGCCCGGUCAUAGUGAGCUAGCGCCAAUCAUAAUCUUAACCAUUGAUGUCAACGGAACUGGCCGUCCGACUGCGCACAUGGACGUUAGCUCCUCAUCUCAUUCUAGCGUAACAAAAUCCACAGAGAGCUCACCUGAGUUAUCGAUGCAACGGGCUCCAGAAGAUGACACACUAGUGCAUGCACGAAACGCUUUGAACAGUGCAGAUGAAGCUGUAGAAGGAAUGGAGGUGUUCAGAGAGUGGACUGAGACUGUUGAAAAUGUUCAGUGGAUCAUGGACGUUAUGCAAGAUGUUGCAGGAAUUCACCCCUAUGCUAAAGCAGCCUGGGUUAUGAUCUCCGCAAUACCUCAGACAUUUCUAGAACAAUUUGAACGUGAUCAUAACAUCGAAACACUGGUGAAAACUAUGCGGGAGACAUUCGACUUGACACAAGCUGAAGAUAUACUCAAGACCAUCAACCCGAAUUCACAUCAAGCACUCAUCCUCAAAGUGAUGCUCAAGCACAUCUUGAUAUGCAAUGAGAUCAUUCAACGAUACGCGAAGGAUACAGAUUUUUAUGCACGAUUGCUGAAAAAUAUCACGGGGAAAAUCAGUGAAGAGAUUCAGCGCCUUUGCAACACGCUUAUGAAGCUUCGGCGAGACUUACUCGACAACACCGUCAUCAAUAUGCAAAUUGCGGUUCAUAUGAUACAGAAAAGUAUGACUAUACUUUCAAAUGAGUUGACAAAUCUUGACUUUGAGAUCAAAUUGAAUGAUUUACCAUAUAAAUCUGGGUGGAACUCAACCGCUAACAAGGACGGUUGCCUUGAAGGCACCCGCGCUGACCUCCUAGAAUAUAUUCUUGAAUGGAUCAAGAAUCCAGAAUCGGUGCAGGGUCUUAUUCUUUUCGGUAAGGCAGGUACUGGAAAGUCCUCAAUAGCGUUCGAAAUCGCUUCGCGUUUCUGUUUCGAGGAAUAUCCCGGCUCCUAUUUCAUUUUUACCCGUGCCCAAAAAUCGACACAGAAAGAUUACCAUCUCUUUACCACCAUCAUUCGCGACAUGUCUGAUCAUUACCGCUCGUUCAAGCGUGCAUUGGGCGAAUUAAUCAUUAAUAACACACCACUUCGAACGUCCGAUGACUUCAACCAGCUGUUCAAUACCCUUCUCUUGGAACCACUUGAAGCUGUAGGCGCUACCAACGACCCGUAUCUCAUCGUCAUUGAUGGUCUGGACGAGAGUGCCGAUCCAGAGAAGCUUGCUGCGUUCCUGAGUCGAUCUCUUCAACGAUUACCCCAAAAUAUCCGAGUCUUUAUAACCUCGAGAUCGGAAGGCGACAUUGAAAGUUGUUUCCCUGCAGUGCAUGAUUCUGCAUACGAGAUCCAUCACAUGGAUGAUCCUGAACUGGUAAUUCGAUUGGAGGACGAUAUCCGGCUUUACUUCCGAAAGCAUCUCACAGCAGACAUCUUCCAAAGGCACGGAGAGGAGCUUGUAAAGAGAGCAGAAGGUCUAUUCCAGUGGGCGGCUGUUGCGUGUGGGUAUCUCAAUAAGCGUCCGGCGGGAUAUACUGAGAAGGACUGUCUACGGGGCCUUCUCGGCCAAGAAGAGAGUGAUAAAUUGUACACCUACGAACUUCAAAGCACAAAACUAUACAAGCUGUACGAUGAAGUCUUGUCAGGCUAUUUCACAUCCAACAUCACCCGUCCCCGAUUUCGAUCCGUUAUGGGUCACAUUUUAUGUGCGUUUGAACCAUUGUCUAUCAAUACGCUUUGGGCCCUGCGAAAGUUCAUGCCCGGAAACGACAGCGAUUUGGAAUCAAUUCUUGCAGUGGUGAAAUUCAUGGGGUCGCUUCUUUCCAAUGUCACCUCAGAUGACCUUAAUCUACCUGUGGUCCCUCUCCAUACAUCUUUCCGCGAUUUUCUGACCGACAAGUCCAAUCUCCACCCCUUUUCUCUCGAUUUAGGUGUAUCUCAUCGGGACCUUACUCACGCAUGUCUCAACCUGAUGCUUGAUGAUCGUCACGGCCUCAAAUUCAACAUAUGUGGACUGGAGUCAUCACAUAAGCGAAACGCCCAGGUCAGCGAUUUGCAAGUGCGUGUGGAGAAAUUUAUAUCAACACAAUUACUCUAUGCAUGUCGAUUCUGGGACGACCACCUAAAAUUAGUUGACUUCGAUGAAAACCUCGUUCGAAAGAUCGAAAAAUUUUUCUCGACAAAGUUCUUGUUUUGGUUGGAGGUGUUAAGUGUGACGAACACCAUCCCGCUUGCCGUUCAAGCGAUGGUGUUGCUCUCUAAUUGGCUGCAGCUGUUUGACGAGUCCGCAUUCGCAACGAGGCUGAAGGACCUUGCCAACAUAGUCUCAGAUGCGCUGACGUUUCUCCGUUCAUUUGCCAAUAUCAUUGCCACCAGCGCCCCACACAUCUACGUGUCAGCUUUACCUUUUGCUCCUAAAUCAUCUCAAAUUUACAAGAUGUAUUCUGCAUGCUUUGCACCAACGUUAUAUUUCAAACUAGGCCAACUAGAUGAUUGGCCCGCGCUAGAGAUGUUUAUCACGACGCCCUCCCAAGUCAACUGCGUUGAUUUCUCCCCUGAUGGUGAAUGGAUUGUAUCCGGGUUGGAAGACGGGACUGUAUGCCUAUGGAAUGCGACUACUGGGAUGAUGGAAGGAGUCCCGUUUCGUGGCCACAGUGGCGCUGUCCUCUCGAUCGCAUUCUCCUCAGACGGCCAAAAGAUCGUAUCUGGAUCCAAUGACUCUACUGUACGCCUUUGGAAUUUUGCAACAGGGGCGAUGGAAGGAGAACCAUGGGUUGGACAUACCAGCCACGUAUCCGCUGUUGUAUUUACUCCCAAAGCCGACUAUGCAGUGUCUGGCUCCUUCGAUUCUACAAUUCGGUUAUGGAAUGUAGGAAAGGGAGCAGUGGAAGGAGAACCUUUAACGGAUCAUCAGUAUGCAAUUUUUUCUGUUGCAGUGUCGAAGGACGGUGAUAGGGUUGUUUCCGGCUCAAUGGAUCUCACAGUCCGUGUUUGGGACCUGUGCGUGCUAGAUGGUGUGGCAGAGCUUACCCCUCUACUUAGCCUUCCCAUUCCGAAUACUGCUUUGAGCGUUGCAAUCUCACCCGAUGGUAACCAAAUUGCCGCAGGUUGUUGUGACAGGGCAAUUUAUUUGUGGGAUAGCGUGACGGAAUUGACACCAGCAACCCCAUUACGUGGUCACAGGCUCACGGUAAUAACAGUCAACUAUUCUCCAGACGGAAAGCGCCUUGUUUCUGGAUCAGACGAUCAGCACCUUUUCCUAUGGGACAAGACUUCAGAAGUGGUCGAACCUAACCCGCUGAUUGGGCACACUAAUAUCAUCCGCACAGCAGUAUUCUCCAUGGAUGGUCUCCGGAUUGCCUCCGGUGGUGAUGACCGCAAAAUUGGCAUUUGGAACGCCAUCUCCGCAGAGCGUCAAUUGCGUGGAGACAAGGAUAAAAUAAAGUGCCAUGACGGACUUGUCAACUCUGUCGCCUAUUCCCCCGACAGAAGUCGGCGCCUAAUAGCUUCUGGCUCAGACGACGGGACUGUGUGUUUGUGGAAUGCUGAAACAGGACAACUCAUUGGCGCUCCUUUCCGUGGACAUACCGCUCCAAUUCAUGCGAUAGCCUUUUCAACAGAUGGACGAAGAAUUGUAUCAGGAUCUGCUGAUCAAACUCUGCGCGUUUGGAGUGUGGACGAGGGAACGAUGGUAGGAAGCCCUUUUACUGGGCACACCUUUAUGAUAUAUGCCGUUGCAUUCUCCGUUGACGGUAAAACAAUUGUAUCUGGUUCCCGGGAUGGUGAAGUUCGAAUAUGGGACACGGAGACAGGAACAAUGAUGGGAAACCUCCCAUACCGCUCCGCUUUGGUCUGGUCAGUAGCAUUUAGUCCUGAUGGACAAAAGGUGGUUUCUGGAUCACAUGAUGGCGCUGUCUGGUUCAGGGAGCUUGGUAGCGAAGAGCAAAAUGGCCGGCGAUUAGAUACCAGUGACAACUAUGGGAGCCGUCAGAAGGGUCUUGACACUCAGAUUGAUGAAAGCCUGGAAUCCAAUAGUAUCGAUGAGGAGAACGAUAGUGAAGAUGACGAUGUCGACAAUGAGGAAUUGGAUGACACGAGUUUUGGUAGCGAAGACAUCAGUGACAGCGACUCAGAGUCAGAGUGGCAAUGCUCUGUUAGCUUUGUUACUUUUACUGAAGGAGGGGACAAAAUUAUGUCUUGCUCCGUCGAUGGUACGAUUCGUAUUUGGAAUUCAGGUACGGGAGAAAGAGAUGGCCCUUCCUUCACUCUUCAAAAUAGUGAUGAUUGGAUGGCACCUUUUGCUCUAUCUCCUGAUGGUACUCGACUUGCUGCCGCUUCUUGCUAUGACUACAGGAUAGGCGUGUGGAACCUCGCCACCAGAGCCAUGGAAAGCUCUUACCCACUCUUUGGGCAUACGAACCUAGUUCGGUCACUUUCAUUCUCUCCGGAUGGCUGUCAACUGGUCUCCUGCUCUGAAGAUUCGACUAUCCGCGUCUGGGACCUAAACACAUCAACUAUGACAAGCAAAGAGUUGGUCCCUAAUACUAACUCGUAUGCGAUCAACGAUGAAGGAUGGAUAUGUGGAGAGGACGGCCAACUUUUCAUAUGGAUUCCACAAAUCCAUAGACCGACACUUCGACGCCCAGAUGCAACAAUAUCAAUUAUUGCCUCCCACCAAACUGCCAUUGAUUUCUCCGACUUUCUUCACGGGGAGAACUGGGCUGCAUCAUAUCGGCGUCGGUAG